AUGGCUUUGAGAAGCAUCAUCAGGCGAGCUUCAUCUUCUAUUAAUAUACUUUCGUUUUUUUUGCCUAUCAGGCAAAAAAUCAACACCUAGCGCCGCUUAGGAUCCGAGGCUCCGCAUCCGCAAGAAUGUUGGAGUGCGUUUUCAGCAUAAUUUAGCUUAUAAGUAAUGUGCAGCAGCAAAUUCAGGAUGACUUCACGAAAUAAAGGGUGCUAGGAGGCUCCUUGUUGAGUUGGGUAUGUGAAGGAGGCCCAGAUAUCAUCUUAAGCCGAUUCCUCUUCUGGAGCAGGACCUGAAAUUGCUUGAUCUUGGAUUCAGAAUGAACAGGGAUCUCCUAGAGAGAUAAUACAUUACCAAUAGGUGAUGACGUGACCAGAAAUUUUUUUACAUUUUUAGAAAAAAUUUUUAAAGGCUUAAGGGCCUAAAUCAAUGCCCAUUAAAGCAUUCUCUCUAUUAAUACAAAUUACCGAAUCUGGGCACAAGAAAAGCAAAAUGACACCUCCCAAUUCACAAAAUCUCAUCUGCUCAACAGUGGCUAUCUUCGUGAUGGUCAAAUCCCUGAGGCUCUCCAGUAUGAUCAUGCCUAUAAAUUAACAACUCUUAGCAAUGGAGUCCGAGUAGCCACAGAACCCUUCGACAACGCAAUAGCCACAGUUGGUGUCAUGAUUGAAGCAGGCUCUCGUAACGAGACUAUGGCAAACACUGGGAUCGCCCACUUCCUCGAGCAUCUUCACUUCAAAGGAACCAACAAAAGGACCAGAAUUCAGUUAGAAAGUGAAAUAGAAAACAUGGGAGGAAACCUAAAUGCUUAUACUUCAAGAGAGACCACGCUUUACCAUUAACAUUAACAUUAAGUAUAUUAUUAAGAGACCAGUCGUAAUACCUAGGGUUUCCCCCGGUCUACCUUCACCCUUGACGCUUCACCUGGCUUCUCACACCAAUCGAUCACGACCUUCAAGGUGUUGCUCCUACUGGACGAGGAUGUGCACUCGCUAUCCGUAAUUGGAUGAGUUACGCCACCCGGUUCCUUCACACGAGGUCUACUCCAUAACGACUAUUUUUUUUUGGCCUAUUUUUUUUUGGGCCUAUUUUUUUUUGGCCUAUUUUUUUUGGCCUAUUUUUUUUUGGCCUAUUUUUUUUUGGCCUAUUUACGUAUUUAUCUAUUUUACGAAGCCGUUCCUUCACACUAGCACUACUAAAAUUAAAACUUUUUAACUUCGACUUAGUGACAUCGAUAAUAAAAUGGCAGACCAGGUGGCAUUCAAGCAAUCAAUUCGUGAUGGUAGAAUUGCUUUCUGUCAAGGCUAUGCAUAUAGAGUAAAUAGGAAAGAUCCCAGUAUAAGGAGAACAUACUGGAAGUGCAUCAAAUACUUACUUCCCUUUCCAACGUUUUUACUCAUACUCGAAAUUGCAAAUAUGUACAAAAAAAGAAUUUAAUUCAGUUUGUAAAAUUAGGCUUAAGAAAGCACUUUAACUAAAUGCAAUAUGAUUAUUUAGAGAUUUUAUUUUAAUAACCAUAAUUUAUAUAUAGUCUUAUAAAAUAAAUUUUAUUCACUUAUUUUUAAAAAAAAAAGAUUUUCGAAUAAUUUUGCUUUCUAAUAGGAUGAGAGUUAGAAGGUUGCCGCUGCACAAUGGUCACAGAAAAUGAUUCCUUAAUAAAAAUCAAAGGAAAUCAUGAUUUUCACCCUCCCAAAUCAAGCUGAAAUGAGCGCUAAAUUGGAUUUAAAAGAAAGCUUGAAAAGGAAUUUGAACGAAAAUCCUUUUUGAGAAAUUCCAACAAUGGCCAGAGACUUACUCAGCAGUGUGCCUAAAAAGAUAAAGUUAUCUCAAGAAACUAAAGCAAACCUGCCAUCGCAAAGGAGUAUUGAAGCUGCUCUUUACAGAGAGCGCGAAUUAAGUGUUCUAGAGCUUCCUAAUAGUUUGGCAGAAUUGGUGCUUGAAGGCAAAUACAGAAUGACUAAUGACAACUUGGAGUUUUUACUUAUUGAAGAUGGAAUUGAAGAUAAAAUCCUUUGUCUUUGGAACUAUUUUAGAGCUUCAAAAGCUAUGUGGAUGCGAUGUCGUGUUUAUGAAUGGAACUUUUCACAGUGCACCUAGUAUUUUUGCUCAAAAUUACAUACUUCAUGGCAUUUGUCUAGGCCAAAUGGUACCAUUGCUAUGGGCUCUUCUUCCUGAUAAGGCAACAACUACCUAUGAGAGGCUUUUAAGUCUCAUCAAAAAAGAAGCAGAAAGAAUUGGCUUAGCUUUCAGCACCAAAGCCUUUCAAAUUGACUUUGAGAUGGCAGUUAUCAAUGCAAUAGCCAUUCUGUUUCCUUAUGCUCAAAUAAGAGGUUGCUUCUUUCAUUUCUCGCAGUGUUUGUGGCACAAAAAUUCAAGAGUUAGGCUUAGCAACAGAUUACAAGACUGAUGGCUCAGCACUUAGAAGUUACGCCAAAGCCAUUCAAUCUUUAGCUUUAUGUCCUCUGGACCAAAUAGAUGAAGCGUGAGAAAUCAUAGCAUUAUUUGAGCCAGAAGGGGAAAGAGUUCAAUAAUUUACUGCAUAUUUUAUGAGAACAUGGCUGCUAUCAAAUGCAAAAUUCAGACGCGAAUUUUGGAACCACUUUGACAAUGAUGGUAUGCGGACUACUAACAAUCUUGAAGGCUAUCAUCACGCACUAAAUAAGUUAGUAGGGGCUGCUCACCCAAAUAUUUUCAAAUUCAUUGAAACCAUAAAGAAUGAGCAGCAGAUAUUCAGUAAAGUUUUGGCUAAUAUUGCAGGGGAGCCAAACCACCCAGCAGUAGGAAAAAAUACAGGCUUUUGCAUGAAGCUGUUGAGAGGACAAAAAUUUUAUUGAGGAGAGGAGACAUUUCUUUAAGCGAUUAUAUUGAGCAAAUUAAGUGGAAAACUCCUAAUUAAUUCAAAAAAAUUCUCUAGUUUAAAAAAAAAGUAAUUAGUAUUCUAAAUGCUGAACGGCCUGUGAAGGGUGAAUAAAAAUUUACUUAUAUUAUUUUUUUUUGAAAAAAAAAAUGAUUAAAAUUUUAUAUUGGGCCCAAAAAAAUAUGCCAAAAAAAAAUAUGCCAAAAAAAAAAUAGGCAAAAAAAAAUAGGCCAAAAAAAAAUAGACCAAAAAAAAUAAGCCAAAAAAAAAUAGGCCAAAAAAACAAAUAGGCCAAAAAACAAUAGGCCAAAAAAAAAUAGGCCAAAAAAAAAAUAGGCUAAAAAAAAUAGGCUAAAAAAAAAAUAGGCUAAAAAAAAUAGGCCAAAAAAAAAUAGGCCAAAAAAAAAUAGUCGUUAUGGAGUAGACCUCGUGUGAAGACACGACGCCACCCAGGUACGUCAACAGAGGUGCCCAUUUCGAAAAUUUGAAAAUAAUUUUCUGGUAGGACUGUCGGCUAAAGUGAAAAUCCAAAGCUUGGGACGUGGCGCCCAGUUUCACGCUAAGGAGUUGCCCGAUGGGCCAAGUAUGCAUCCUUGGUGCUGCUGAGCUUCCCCUUUCCAACCUUGGAAAAUCCAUUUCCCCUGAGGCAAAAACCCUGGUAUCAGAAUGAGCUGGGUCGACCUUAUUCGACGCUGCGCUCCACUGCGCCAAGGAAAAACCUAGCCGGAUAUACUUACCGAGUGCCUAUUUCCCUUCCACAAAGUCCCCAGCGAACGCAGCUACAAGUUUGAGAAAAAGGGCUGGUUCGCUGUCACCAUUUUAAUGUAUAUACCACGCUUUACCAAAUGCAGGUUUUUAAAAACGACGUGUCCAGAGCUAUGGAAAUUAUUAGUGAUAUGCUACUAAGCUCAAAAUAUGAUAAAACCAGCAUUGAGAUAGAAAGAGAAGUCAUUUUGAGAGAAGCACAAGAGGUAGAUGCGGAUAUGAGAGAAAUGAUAUUGGAAAAUGUCCAUUAUACGGCAUAUAGGAACCAUAUUAUGGGACAGCCAAUCUUGGGACAUAAGACGAGCAUUAUGCAGAUAAAUAGAGAUCAGCUGAAGAAGUUUAUAUAUACACACUAUGUGGGGCCGAGAAUUGUAGUUUUGGGGGCAGGGCCGAUUAGUCAUGACCAGUUGGUAGAUAUAGCUGAAAAAAACUUUGGGAAAGUAGCUAACUCCAACGAGAACAAUAAAGACUAUUUGUUACUUAUGGAAAAAUAUUAUUAGAUUUUUUUUUGGAUUUAAUAUAAGUUAUGCAUUUUAAAGUGUUAGUUUUGAAGAUUAUUUUUUAAUAAAAAUGUUAUUUAAGUAAAUUUAUCAUAUAAAAAUAAAUUUCUCCAAAAAUGAGGAAUUCUUCAUUUUCAUCAAAGGAGUAAGACAACUGAAUAUCCUUUUGAUGGAGAAGAUCCUCCUGAGUUCUGUGGAUCUUCAAUCUAUGUUAGGAACGAUUUAGAUGAGCUAGCCCACAUGGGAGUCUUCUACGAGGCUCCUUCAUGGAAGCACGAAGACUACUGGCCAUUUUUGCUUCUCCAAAGAAUUAUGGAAUAUGACCCAAAUGCACCUAUAAACACAAACUAUCCUUAUGGGCUCUACAAUUAUAUGAACAGAUGGUUUGGGGACAUGAAAGAUAUUAAAAAACAAGAAUGCUUAUUUAUCCCUUACAGAGACACUGGGAUGUUUGGCCACUACGCCUCAGGUGAGUUCAUAACCUCAUUAAUCAAGCCAACAAUUGAUAGAAAACAAACAUACCUCGAAGAACUGUCAUUUGAAGAAAUCCAAAGAGCGAAAAAUAAAAUUUAUACUGAGUUGUUAGCUAUUGAAGCAGGAAGCGACAUGAUUCAAACCCUUGGGUGCCAGCUCAUUUAUAUGGACAAAAAAGUACCGAAAACUGAAAUAGCUUCAAGAAUUGCAGCUAUGGAUAAGAAGUAUUUGGAAGCGACUUAUAAGAAAUGAUUUUCUGAAGGAGAUACUGCAUUAGCUAUAUAUGGGCCGACAAGCACAAUACAGAGAAUUAAUGAAGUAUAG